CACGGGAUGCUGAAGCUCUACUACGGGCUGCCCGACCCGGCGGGCGAGGCUUUGGCCGACCCGGCCAGGGGCGACCUCGGCGGCCCCAUUGACAUCAACGGGCCCCACUUCGACCCAGAAACCUACCUCACCAAGGUCCUUGGAGGCUGGAGGGUGGUAUGGAGAAGCUACCUUCCAUCCGUCCUGGUGGGUAAUGGUAACAGAGUUGGAAGGGACACCUGGAGGUCAUCUAGUCCAACCCCCUGCUCACGCAGGAGACCUACACUAGGGAUUCGAACCGCCGACCUGCCAACCUUUCUGAUCGACAAGCUCAGUGUCUUAGCCACCUAGCCAGCUGCGGAAGGAAUGCCCCCUGGCUCAGCUGAUGGACUGUGAGACAGACAUGGUGAAGCAGAUCCGAGCGCUGGAUAGUGACAUGCAGACCUUGGUCUAUGAGAAUUACAACAAGUUCAUUUCUGCCACAGACACAAUCCGCAAGAUGAAGAACGACUUCAAGAAGAUGGAAGACGAGAUGGAUUGCCUGGCGGCCAACAUGGCCGUGAUCACCGAGUUUAGCGCCAGCAUCAGUGGGACCCUGCAGGAUCAACAUGAGCAGAUCACCAAGCUGUCAGGAGUCCAUACGCUUCUGCGCAAGCUGCAGUUCCUUUUUGAGCUUCCGGCCCGUCUGACCAAGUGCGUGGAGCUGGCGGCCUACGGGCAGGCGGUCCGGUACUACAGCAAAGCCCGCUGCAUCCUCCACCAGUACCAACACAUGCCCUCUUUCCGGGGCAUCCAGGACGACUGUCAGAAGAUCAUGGCCGACCUCGCUCAGAAGCUGCGGGAGAAAUUCCGGGAUGGAGACUCCGGUGCCAAAGACUUAGCCGAAUGUGUGGAACUGCUACUCCAGCUGGGAGAGCCGGCGGAAGAGCUGUGUGAUGAAUUCCUCUCUCACGCCCACUGCCGGCUGGAGGCCGAGCUGCAGACCCUGGAGGCCGAGCUGGGAGACGGGCCGCGUUUAGGGGCAGCCGGCCCAGCGACCGACAUCCUCGAAUUCACGGACCGCGGGUGCAACAGCUUCGUCAGCAACAUCUGCCUGGUGAUCGCCUCCUACCAGGAGCUGUUCAUCCACCGGGAGGGCGCCCAGGGCAUCGCCCGCAUGGCUCACGACAAGCUGGUGGCCUUCGUCGAUGGCCUGAUGGAACGCUACUUCGCCCUGGUGGAGAGGCGUAUUCAGCUCGAGAAAGGGGUGGGCGACAACUCCCUGCUGGUGCGGGCGCUGGACCGUUUCCACCGGCGCCUGCAAGCCCUGGCCAAGCUUUUGCCGGCCUCACGGGCGGCCGCCGAAGGGACCGAGAUUGUGGUGCGCGCGGCCAAGGAACGCAUCCGGCAGUACCUCCAGGCCUUAGAGAGCUUCUACCUGGACUGCCUGACGGACGUGCGCCAGUCCUUGGCUGCCCCUCGGCUGGUGGGGAAGGACAACCCCAGCUUGGCAGAGCUGCUGGGCACCAUUUCGGCCUCCAUCCUCAACCAGAUCAAGUCAGUCCUCACCUAUGUUCACCUCUUCACCGCCAAGGACAUCAACUUCUCCAACAAGCCUUACUUCAAGGGCGAAUUCUGCAGCCAGGGUGUCCGCGAAGGCCUCGUGGUCAGCUUCAUCAAGUCCCUUUGCCAGAUCGCCCGGCAGUUCUGCGAGAGUUCGGGCGACAAAGGAGGGUCCAGCCCGCCGGCUCUCUUGCUGCUCCUCUCCCGGCUCUGUUUGGAUUACGAGACGGCCACCAUCAGCUACAUCCUCACCUUAACCGAUGAGCAGUUCCUGGUACAGGACCAUUCCCCUGUGACGCCAGUCACCGUGUUGUGCGCCGAGGCCAGGGAGGCUGCCCAGAAGCUGCUGAACCAUUACGUGAAGGUUCAGGGGCUGAUCAUCUCUCAGAUGCUGCGCAAGAGCGUGGAGACGCGCGACUGGAUCUCCACCAUCGAGCCGCGCAACGUCCGUGCCGUCAUGAAGAGGGUGGUGGAAGACGCCACCUCGAUCGACGUGCAGGUGGGCCUGCUCUACGAGGAAGGGGUGCGGAAAGCUCAGAGCAGCGAUUCCAGCAAGCGGACUUUUUCCGUCUCUAGACAGCAGAGCCGCUACGCGCCCAGCUACACUCCCAGUGCCCCCAUGGAUACCAAUUUGCUGAGCAACAUCCAGAAGCUUUUCUCGGAGCGGAUUGAUAUCUUCAGCCCCGUGGAGUUUAACAAGGUCUCCGUGCUGACGGGCAUCAUCAAGAUCAGCCUGAAGACCUUCCUGGAGUGCGUCCGCCUGCGCACCUUCGGCCGCUUUGGCCUGCAGCAGAUCCAGGUAGACUGCUACUACCUGCAGCUCUACCUCUGGCGCUUCGUUUCGGACGAGAACCUGGUACAUUUUUUGCUGGACGAAAUCGUGGGCAGUACGGCUCACCGGUGCCUUGACCCCGUGCCCAUGGAGCAGAGCGUGAUUGAGGUCAUCUGCGAACGGGGGUAGAACGGGGAGCGGCACAAUAAGGACGGAGCCUUAAUUUGGACCAUCCCGGGAACAGAGUUUCUCCGGCUGGGGAACUUUUAAGAUGCGCGGACUACAAACUCCCAGAAUUCCCCCGGCUGGGGAAUUCUGGGAGUCGAAGUCCACGCCUCUUUAAAAGUUCCCCAAGUCCCUAUAUUAAAAUACCCAACUCUUAUUCCGCAAAAGGAACUUCUGAAAACGUUUCUCUUUCUACUGUGUGCGAAGCGACGUAGGGAAAAUUGGGUUCGCCCUGUGGAUGAUGCGCCCUGCAGUCUUGAAACUUCGACGGUGGGGAAAUUAUAAUAAAUAAAGAGUAAUUUAAUUCUC